CUACCAUCCACCAUCAACCCUUUCCCUGAGGAAGUGGGCUCCCUGGUCUCUAACCCAGAAGCCCCACUGACAGUAAUGUGCCCCCAGGUGAAGACUACAACCUGCCCUAGGGGCUGGAGAGCUGCAGGCCUGCUGCUACUGCUGACACUGGCCACUGCAGGGGCCCUAGCUGGAGGGCUUCUUGGCUUCCUGUACAGCCCUCCCAAGCCAUUGUUGCAGAUGCUCCAAAAGACCUUCUCAAGCUCCAGGGUGCCCUGGCCCAACCAAACCACUCUGGUGGACGUGGCCCAGAACAUGGCAACUAUUGUGGUGUCUCCGCUUCAGAGCAACCACAGCUGGGCCGUGCUGUUCGACGGGCAAAGGGGCUACAUCUGUUACCGCCCUGCAGAGCACCAGGCCUGCUUCCUCCGUCUGAUGGAAGCCCAAGAUUGGGAGACCCUACGGCUGCUGGUGAACACUUCCAGGGCCCAAGAAUCCCUUGUACCUGGCCAAGACACCCACUAUGCCCAGGAGCUACUGGCAGUUUUGGGGGGCCAUACCGUGGACCCUGCCCAAGUGGGAGCUUCAGUGCAACACCUUUGCGUGGACACUCCCAUCUACUGGGCCCGACGAGCAGAGGGGCCCCAGAGACAGCGGCUGAUCUACCUCUGCAUUGACAUCUGCUUCCCGAGCAACAUCUGUGUGUCCGUCUGCUUUUAUUACCUUCCAGACUAAGCCCCCUACCGAGCCCUCAUGGCCUUUGGUCCCACAGGCCACUCCUGUCCCUACAGGUCAGCAAGCUGGUCAGGUCACCAGCACCAACGAAGGGCAGCUGACAGUGGGGACAAAUAAACCCAGAUUACCCGGCCAUAGUGGUAAUUUCUGGG